UGACAGGGAGUUCGAAACCUCGGCGAUUGCCAGGUCUGUCUAUUUCGCCUAUUCAAGGAAGAUCACGGACAUGUCUGCGACCUGGGCUAGAGUUCGGAACUGGUUCCUGUUCCACCCACAAUCAGAAGUGGACAUAGAGCUUGGGAAAGCGCAAUCUUUUCCAGAUGGCUAUCCACAGUAUACAGCCCUCCUCGCGACACACAGUCCCUGGAUGAUUUUCCGCCGCUUUGACAAGGUCGGGGCCCGCAUUCUCCUCCUCAAGCAGGAUAAGAUAUCAGUCUUGGAAGAAAAGCUCGAAGAUAUCGACCAGAACGAGAGAUCGCUGUUGUUCUUGGGCAAGUCCAGAAGCGAUAGGAAUGAGGACAGGAAGGUAAUCUUGCAACAGCUCGAAACGGCGAUAAAUAAUUACGACGAGUUUGCUCAGAGCUUCUCUAGAGCCUUGAAUCUCCAGGCGGCGAAUGCCAGAGACGUCACCAGCUUGCAUAACUGGAUUGAGGGGACGGGAUGCUUAUACGAGGCCGAGACCGCUUAUCUUUCACACCAGGAUGAACUGGUCGCCUUGGCCCCGCAGGCCGACAAUACUUUGUUAAAGCUUGAAACCUCUAUCGAGGAUUUUUUGAUACGAUGGCGGAGGCCCGCUGGAAAUCCCUACGGCAUCGACCUUCGCCCAAAUCAAGUGUAUAUGCAUGCCGGCCAGCACAUCCAUCACUUGGGCAGGAUGGCCUUAGUACUGGCAGUUGCGCUUCUAAUGAUGGGACCAGUAGUUGUUUGCAACUUAGUCAAUGCUCAGGCUACUCGUAUCGCAAUCAUUGGGUUUUCGAUUGCCACGUACCUCGCCAUGAUCUCAUCAUUCACAAAAGCGCGAACUUUGGAACUCACAGUCGCAGCGGCCACGUAAACAUGCCUCCCAAUCCAGUUGAUCGUGCUUGCUAACUCUAGACACAGGUAUACAACUGUCCUCGUCGUGUUCGUCUCUGGAUCGAGCGGGAUUGUGGCAUAGGCCUUCUAAGCAUCUCGCCUGUUUGUGUCCCUGGUCACUCAACAUCAAUUCACUCUAGAUACGGAGAGAAGGGCAGUAUUUGAGAAUGAUC